CAGAUCUGCAGUGGACGAGUGAACCAGAAAGAUGCCCUCCUUAAAACUGAAGCCAUGAAAUGCUGUGGAGUGGGAUGUCAUGGCCAGCUCCUCGGACAGUGAAGAUGACAGUUUUAUGGCUGUGGACCAAGAAGAAACUGUGCUGGAAGGGACAAUGGAGCAAGAUGAGGACCCACAGCCUGAACUGGAGGUUGAAGAGGCUAGACACAAUAGGUCCAUGUCUGAGUUACCAGAAGAGGUUUUGGAGUACAUCUUGUCCUUCCUCUCACCAUAUCAGGAGCACAAAACUGCUGCUCUUGUCUGUAAACAAUGGUACCGACUUAUCAAAGGUGUAGCGCACCAGUGUUACCAUGGCUUCAUGAAAGCUGUCCAGGAGGGGAACAUUCAGUGGGAGAGCCGAACCUACCCUUAUCCUGGGACCCCCAUCACUCAGCGGUUCUCACACAGUGCAUGCUAUUACGAUGCAAAUCAGUCUAUGUAUGUGUUUGGAGGUUGCACCCAGAGCAGCUGCAAUGCUGCCUUCAAUGACCUCUGGAGACUAGACCUAAAUAGCAAAGAGUGGAUUCGACCUUUGGCUUCAGGGUCCUAUCCUUCUCCCAAAGCUGGAGCAACCCUCGUGGUGUACAAGGACUUGCUAGUGCUCUUUGGAGGCUGGACGAGGCCAAGCCCUUAUCCCCUACAUCAACCAGAGAGAUUUUUUGAUGAAAUACACACUUAUUCUCCAUCUAAAAACUGGUGGAAUUGCAUUGUAACAACACAUGGGCCACCUCCUAUGGCUGGUCACUCCUCCUGUGUGAUAGAUGAUAAAAUGAUUGUCUUUGGUGGCUCUUUAGGAUCCAGGCAAAUGAGCAAUGAUGUCUGGGUUCUUGACCUUGAGCAGUGGGCAUGGUCCAAGCCGAACAUCUCCGGCCCCAGUCCUCAUCCCCGAGGUGGCCAAUCUCAGAUUGUCAUAGAUGAUGCAACUAUCUUAAUCCUUGGAGGGUGUGGCGGUCCCAAUGCUCUGUUCAAGGAUGCUUGGUUGUUGCAUAUGCACCCAGGUCCCUGGGCCUGGCAGCCACUCAAGGUAGAAAAUGAAGAUCAUGGAGCUCCUGAGUUGUGGUGCCAUCCAGCCUGCCGGGUGGGACAGUGUGUGGUGGUCUUCAGCCAGGCUCCUAGUGGGAGAGCCCCCCUCAGCCCCAGUUUGAACUCUCGCCCAUCACCUAUCAGUGCCACUCCUCCAGCCCUGGUCCCUGAAACGAGAGAGUACCGCUCCCAGUCUCCAGUAAGGAGUAUGGAUGAAGUGCCAUGUGUUAACGGCCGCUGGGGAACCCUGAGGCCCAGGGCUCAAAGGCAGACACCCUCAGGUUCUCGGGAAGGGAGCCUCUCCCCUGCCAAAGGAGACGGCUCUCCCAUUCUCAAUGGUGGGAGUUUGUCUCCAGGAGCAGCAGCUGUCGGUGGGACUUCCUUGGACAGUCCUGUGCAGGCCAUCUCUCCAGGCACCCCAUCUGCCUCUGAAGGAUAUGAUCUGAAGAUGGGACUUCCUCUGGCCCCGCGUAGAGGGUCAUUACCAGAUCAGAAGGAUCUGAGAUUAGGGUCAAUCGAUCUGAAUUGGGACCUGAAACCUACUUCCAGCAGCAAUCACGUGGAUGGCAUGGACAGCAGGACAGUUGGGGGGAGUAUGAGACACCCUGUGGAACAGACCAAUGGUGUGCAUACCCCACCCCAUGUGGCCAGUGCCCUGGCAGGGGCCGUCUCUCCUGGUGCCCUGCGGCGGAGUCUGGAAGCCAUCAAAGCGAUGUCAUCCAAAGGCCCCUCGGCCUCUGCAGCACUAAGUCCUCCUCUUGGGUCUUCUCCAGGCUCCCCUGGAAGCCAGAACCUGAGCAGUGGAGAAACAGUGCCCAUCCCUCGCCCAGGGCCAGCCCAAGGUGAUGGACAUUCCCUACCUCCCAUUGCCCGCCGCCUGGGCCAUCACCCUCCACAGUCCCUCAAUGUUGGCAAACCCUUAUACCAGAGCAUGAACUGCAAGCCCAUGCAGAUGUACGUGCUGGACAUUAAAGAUACAAAGGAACGGGGCCGCGUGAAGUGGAAAGUAUUUAAUAGCAGUUCUGUGGUUGGGCCUCCGGAAACCAGCCUGCACACAGUGGUACAAGGCAGGGGUGAACUCAUCAUAUUUGGAGGACUCAUGGACAAAAAGCAGAACGUGAAGUACUAUCCUAAAACAAACGCCUUGUACUUUGUGCGUGCAAAGAGAUAAUGUGUGCAGAACCCUUUUCCCUUUCUGUGGCUUUUAAUUUGGAAUUUUCCAGUGUGCAAGCAUUUGGACUGAGACCUGGGGAAACAACAGCCUUUGUCUCAUAGCCAAAACUCAACUCCAGCUCCCAGCCUCCCUCCAUUAAUAAGAAAAAAUUAUAUAUAAAUAUAAAUAUAUAUAUAUUAUAUAGCCAACUCUGUUUACACAAAAAGAGAGACCUCCGUCCUGGUUCAGAUAAAAUUGUUGCUGUUUUAGUAGAGACUGUGCUGCUUUUUUCUACUUUGCUGAUAACUAGACCAAGAAGUUAGGGAACAGACUAACAGCAGUAACUUUCUAAAAGGAACUGAAGAACCCUGGUAAAUCCUUAUGUGGCCUUCUCAGAAUUUACAAACAAAAACGACAGGCUUAGAUAGGAUCCACAGGAGGAGGCACCAAACCCCAUGCUGCAGGGUAACCUAAUGAAGAAACCGUCCUUCCUCUUCUCUCAAAACCACAGAGGACCUGUGACAGCACUGCAGGAAUGCCUGUGCCUGGUCUCUUCUGCCCCGUAUGAUUGAUGGAAAUCACCCAAUGAGAUUUU